AUGGCGGGGGCGGUGACGUUUCCCAGCCGAGUUCAGAAAUUUUUUCUGGGGUCACUUUUGCGGUAUGUGAGGCUUGACGUUAUCCUUCAAGAAUAUCACUUUCUUCCGGCUGAUCAAAGAAAGCUGUCUCUGGAUGAGUGCUGCUUGCACUCGUUGAAGACAAGACAAGUUUGCAGUGCUGGUUUGACCUCUUUCCAAACACACAACAAUACCUUGUUUGGGUGGAAGGAAGCCUUGGGCGUGUUUGCUACCGAAUCACUAGGCGACAACCAAUGAUACGAACGCUUAGAAUUCACAUACAAGAUUCAUUUUUCGUCACAGGUUAAUAACCGAUCAAGGAAUGGUUCAUUAGCGUUGCGUGAAAUGGUUGCUGAACAAAUGGUAAGACGACUUAAUUUCUGAUGAAGAUGCAAACGAAUAGUUUCAGGAUUCACUCUGAACAUUUCUGCAAGCUCUUGGCACGUUAUCCUGGAAUUUGCGUCCACAACCUGUAGAAGAUCCUCGUUAUUCAUGAUUUUUGGUCUCCCUGAGUGCG